CUCGGACCCUCGCCUAUAAGAUCAUAUUUAACUACUAGGUCUAGUACUCGCUAUCGGACCGGCUUGUUGUGGUUUGAGGCCUCUGACUUCUGGUGUACAUGGUUCAUACCCCCAUUAGCCAGCCGAUCUAGACUUCACAGUAUACAGAUUUGUUGACAUUUGGCGGAGCGAUGGGAAACCAGAGCCAGCCCGUCACGGCCGGCAUUAACAUUAGCAAUGCUGCCCCGCAAGCAAUUCUAGACAUUGUUCCUGGCCAGCUUCUUCCAUAUGUCCUCGCAAUCCUGGUAGCAUAUCCAUUCCUGGUCUCGUUGCUCCGAUUUCGCCGCGUACAAUGGGUACACCAAAAGUUCAAGUUCCCCAACCGGGCAUCCCUGGCUAAAAUGACCGACGACGAAGCCUGGGAAAUCCAGAAAGUGCUUUUGCAGCUGGAAUUUCCGUUCAUCUAUAUUAAAGCACUUCAAUUUGCUCUCUUCAGGACCUACGGAAUCCCCAGCAUCUCCGGGCUGCUCACCAAGACCAGCCAAUUCUCGAAUCCGGAGACAUCUUACAAGCGCUACGCCGAUACAAGCGCCUUGGUCCAGGAGUUUAUAGGCAACGCCCCAUCGUCUAAACGAACUAUCACUGCGCUCGCUCGAACCCGCUGGCUCCACAAUAGCUAUCGCAGCUCGGGAAAGAUCUCCGAGAAUGAUAUGCUCUACACGCUUGGCCUGUUUGCCCUCCAACCCAUCCGGUUCAUUGAGAGGUUCGAAUGGCGAAAGCUGACCGAGCUCGAGAAAUGCGCUAUCGGCACGUUCUGGAAGAGCGUCGGCGAUGGUCUCGCAAUCAGUUACGAGGCCUUCCCAUCGCAUAAGACAGGAUUCCGCGAUGGCCUCCACUGGCUGGAGGAGAUCACGGCCUGGAGUGAAGCGUACGAGGCAAAGCACAUGGUUCCCAAUGCCACGAACCGGGAGACCGCGGACCAGACUACGGCUGUGCUACUGUACAUGGUCCCGAAGCCGUUCCAGCACAUCGGACUGUACUUCGUUUCGUUCAUGAUGGAUGACCGCCUCCGACGCGCGAUGUUGUACGACACUCCCCCGGCAUCAUAUGCCAAACUGUUCUCGUCGCUUCUGUCCAUCCGCCGCUUUGUGUUGCGUUACCUGUCGCUCCCCCGGCCUUAUUUCCUCCGUUAUACUUCCUACAGUGAGCAGCCGAACCAGGAUGACCGCAUUUUCAUCACCCAGUGGGAUGCGGCACCCUAUUACGUCGCGCCUACUUUCCGGAACCGCUGGGGCCCUGUCGCCUGGCUUACCUGGGCUAUGGGUCGGCCUCUUCCAGGCGAUGAAGGUGAUAAGUAUUACCCCCGGGGCUACUAUCCACCUGAUGUAGGACCCAAGUACUUCGAAGGCAAAGGUCGAACAUCUCUAGAGGAGUACGUCCAGGGCUUGAAAGGUUCACGAACGGGCCAAUGUCCGUUUAUUUAAGCAUGAGCACGGACGGUAUACACUGCUACUGUGAGAAAUCUGUUCCUUGCCGUGCCAUUUGCAAAGCCGGAUCUACUGGGGUAAGAUAUGGCCCAGCUAGUGAGAGAAAAAGGAUAACUUCAUUUUGCGAGAGAAGGCCUACGACCCAAUUCGUUGUUGUGUACUAAAGCUAUGGUACUCAAUGAGUCUACUUUAUUCUAUUCCAUGAGCUAUUAGAUUAUGCAUGAUUUCGGGAUAUGAGAUUCUUCAUCACGAUAUGCCUAAGCCAAUAGAACUACUGAGUCACGCCUUGACCUCCCUGUCCUUCCCCGAGGCCAAUUUCGUAUACCCGGUUUACAUUCAUCAAUGCACUAAAGGGCACAAGAAUACAAAUAUCGUUAGUAAAGCGAUAAUAAACCCAAGACAAACACCACUGGACGUCUUCCCUCCACUUCUCAUAUACUAUCCUUUGAUAGUUUCCAGUCACAGGACGUAUAUCUUUUACGACCGCCUCAACCUUCCACAAGCAAUUUCACGGUCCUGUCUUAGGGAUGCGUCCGCAUGUAUCAGUCCUUCGUAUUGAACUCACCCAAGGUCUGCGUACAGAGCUAGAGUUCUUCUCCAAUCGGUUGCCCUGGAAGGCACGCGAAGUUCCUUAUCCCAUAGACCUUUACCCGGAACGAUCUGCUCUUUGGCUUCUUUGCUGCUUUAAC